CAACACAAGCACGUACAUCUAACACAAGUUACCGUUCUUGACAAGGACACACACUUCCAUUUAAGGGCGAAUUCAGUGGGUUGGAACGCCUGAUCCGUGGCAUUCAUAAUUGCUGGAGAAGCAACUCGACCAACUGGAGUAGCACCAUGGCCUUGCACGCAGCUAAGGGCAAGCUUAUCGGAGUCAUUGGAGAUGAAGACACGUGUGUGGGAUUUCUCUUGGGUGGCAUUGGCGAGAUGAACAAGAAUCGUCAUCCCAACUUCAUGGUGGUGGACAAGAACACGCCUUUAACUGACAUUGAGGAAUGCUUGAAAAAGUUCAUCAAACGUGACGACGUUGACAUCAUCUUAAUCAAUCAGAACAUCGCAGAAAUGAUUCGCCACACCAUUGACCAACACACGGCUCCAGUUCCGGCCAUUUUAGAGAUCCCUUCCAAGGAUCAUCCGUAUGAUCCAUCCAAGGACUCGAUUUUGCGACGAGCCAAAGGCAUGUUCAGCAUUGAGGAUAUGCGUUAAAUCCAUUGCUUUUAGUUUCCUUUGGGAGAGCCACCGAAACCUCACCCAUUCAUGAUUGAUGUCAACUACAACAGUUUUUCUAUGCAUUUCGUCGGUUGCAUUGUUUUGAUUUGUGUUCACUAAAGAUACUGAAAUGUU